CUAUGACAUCAUUUUUCUGCGCCUGUGUUGAUGUGAGGAUCUGAGAAUCGGUGGGAAUUAUAGAAAUUUCUUGAAGCCAGAAAGGUUUAAACAACGUGAUCAAGAUGGUCGUCUUUCCUAGUGCUUUAACAGAGGAAGAAGAGGCACUGCAAAAGAAGUAUGCCAAAUUGAAAAAGAAGAAAAAGGCUUUCUCGGCUUUGAAGAAACAGAGCUCCACUAAUCAGAACAAUCAGGCAGGACUGAAGAGAACCUUAUCAGACCAACCCGUGCUGGACUCAGCGUCAGCUACAGAACAGGCAAAGAAACUCAUCAAGUCUGGGGCCAUCAGUGCUAUCAAAUCAGAGAAUAAGAACUCUGGUUUCAAGCGCUCACGGACAUUGGAAUGCAAACUUAAGGACCCAGAGAAAGGGCCGGCCCCAGCCUUUCAGCCAUUUCAAAGAAGCUUCUCCACUGAUGAUGAGCCUUCAGAGUCUGGCAAAAGGAAUCAAAGAUCUCACAAAUCUCUCUAUGAGAGUUUUGUGACUCCAGGUGAUCGCCCCCGUGAAGAUGAGGAAGGUAGUGGGACCCCAGUGCCUAGUGGUACCCCAGUGCCUAGUGGGACCCCAGUGCCUAGUGGGACUCCAUUGCCUAGUGGGACUCCAUUGCCUAGUGGGACGCCGUCGUCUAAUCGAGAAACCGACCGCGACCAAGAGCGAGAGCGUGAAACGGAGCGAGAAAGAGAUCGAGAAAGAGAGAGGGAUCGGGAGAGGGACAGAGAGCGAGAACGCGACCGAGAACGGGACCGAGGCAGAGAAAGAGACAGAGACCGCGAGCGCGAGCGUGACAGGAGUCGAGAGAGGGACCGUGACCGUGAGAGAGACCGCGACAGAGACCGUGAUCGGGAAAGGGACCGGGAGAGGGACAGGGAUGGACCAUUCAGACGCUCUGACACAUACCCUGAGCGGAGAGGAGCACGGAAAGGCAAUACAGUGUACGUGUAUGGCACAGGCCUGGUGGAGGACAACCUGCGCGCAGCCUUUUCCCCACACGGCAACAUCAUCGACCUGUCCAUGGACUCCCCACGCAACUGUGCCUUUAUCACUUUCGAGAAGAUGGAGUCGGCUGACCAGGCUGUUGCAGAGUUGAAUGGCACUUCUGUCGGUGACAUUCCCAUCAAAGUCAGCAUUGCCAGAAAACAACCCAUGCUGGAGGCAGCCACGGGGAAAUCUGUCUGGGCCUCUUUGGCUGUGCAGAACAGUGCGAAGGGUUCCUACAGAGAUAAGAGAAACCAAGUUGUGUAUGAUACUGCAGACUUAUUUAAGUAGGUUUGUCUAGUACUGUUUCUUAUGUAGUAUGAUGAGUAAUGGAAUAUCCUGCUAGUGCUGAAUUUUAGAAAGCCGGAGUGCUUGCUUUUGUACAGACGCAUGUGGCAAUUAGGAACCUUUCUGCAAAGACGCUUUACUCAGUUUAUGUUGACAGCAACUUUCUUUUUUUUCUGUGGCACUCAAUAAAGCUUGUCAAUACAUUUUUCCA